AAUUCAAGAUAACAUGAUCACUAUUCUCGUUUUCGAUAAUACUGUACCAAACAGGGCUUAAAUCACCACUCUAACAAACCUGAAGCAACCAUUAUUCCAUUUUUCACACCCCCGUUAUCCUUGCCUUGCAUCUUUCUUAACUGAUAUACACACACAUUUAUACGUAUACUGUACCCAAUUUCCCUGGGAUUAAUAAAACCCACCUUUUUAUUCUUCUUGAAAAACUGAAACCCAAUUGAAUUCAUGAUUUUUGAGGCUCAAAUUGAUCUGGGUCACCCUCAAAAUCCAAACUUUUGAUAGCCCAUUAGUCCAAAAUUGCAUAAAAACAUGACUACUUUGGUGAAUCAGUUGUUUUAUCCUAUUAAAUUGAGCAAUAUCAGUUUUAGGGCUAAUGAGUUACAUGGUUCUACUGCUUCUACUGAGCUAAGAAAAUCAUUUGGUUUGUGUAAUUCUGGAAGGAGCAUUGCUUGUUCUUGUGUUGUUUCGCCUACGAAUUGGAAACCAGCUGAUGAAUUUCCUGCCUCUAAGAAUAAUAACUUACCUCACGGAGAUAACUUGAGGUCAGUGCAUGAGCACGAGGAUGAAUCUGAUGUUCUUAUUGAGUGUAGAGAUGUGUACAAGUCGUUUGGGGAGAAGCACAUCCUAAAAGGUGUUAACUUUAAGAUUAGGCACGGAGAAGCAGUUGGAAUAAUUGGACCUUCUGGAACUGGAAAAUCUACAAUCUUAAAGAUUAUUGCCGGACUUCUGGCCCCAGAUAAGGGGGAAGUGUUUGUUAGAGGACGAAGACGGCAUGGUUUAAUUAGCGAUGAGGAGAUAUCUGGCCUGCGAAUAGGCUUGGUUUUCCAGAGCGCAGCACUUUUUGAUUCUCUAACUGUUCGUGAAAAUGUUGGUUUCCUACUGUAUGAAAAUUCAAGCAUGCCUGAAAAGGAAAUUGCAAAGCUUGUUACAGAAACUCUUGCUGCUGUUGGGUUGAAGGGAGUCGAGGAUCGAUUGCCUUCGGAGUUGUCUGGUGGGAUGAAGAAAAGAGUUGCAUUGGCACGGUCAAUUAUUUUUGAUACCACAAAAGAAACCAUCGAGCCAGAAGUCUUGUUAUAUGACGAACCUACAGCUGGUCUUGAUCCAAUUGCAUCUACUGUGGUUGAAGAUCUCAUCCGCUCUGUUCACUCCAAAGGUGAAGAUACAUUUGGGGAGCCUGGGAAGAUUGCAUCAUAUGUUAUUGUCACACACCAACACAGUACCAUUAGAAGAGCAGUUGACAGGUUGUUAUUUCUCUACGAGGGUAAAGUUGUAUGGCAAGGAAUGACUCACGAAUUCUCCACAUCAACAAAUCCGAUUGUUCGCCAGUUUGCCUCUGGAAACCUGGACGGGCCCAUUAAAUAUUAGUAUACCAGCAUGGUCGAUUUGUGCCAAGAUCUAUGAUCCGGGAUUAGAUCAUUGGCUUAAAAUUACUUGGGAAGUGGAGGGUUCUUGGCUGAGUAUCUCUAAAACAUUGCUCUCUUAUCAGAGGUCAUGAGUUGGGUUUUUUUUUUUGCGUAAAAGAAAUGUUGUUGCUGUUCAGCUUUUAAUUACAGCAUUGCUUCCAAAUUAAGCACAUAGAAAAUGUUUUCAAGAUUUCAGUCUUGCUAGUAAUUAUGUCGUCUAGCUACAAUAGAUAUAGAGUCUGAUUUGGACUUGUUUUUAGUUUUUACACCGAAAAAUGCGAAAAUAACAGUAGAGAGAUGAUAAAAUAAAACGUUGUGUUCUGCCAAUUGUAAGAAAUCUUUGUAAUAGAAAGAUGAAAAUGUUAUUAUGUUGC